AUGGAGGGCUGGGAGGCUGAAGUCGACUUGGACUCGGUGGACUUCCCCUGGGAAAUUAAUAAUCGAUUUUUCUCCAAGAAGGAAGAGGAUGAAAUAGAGCUUUUCAUCAAUCAAGCAAGAUUUCAGACGGAGGAACAGCGGCGCCGAGAUGACUUCAAACAAUAUCUACGACGUCUCGAGAGCGAAUUUGAGCGGAAUGAAACCAAGAUUCAGUCGCGAUUGAAGACCAUCAUCUCGUACAAACUUUGGGGGCAAGACGUCGACAGCGUACGGACAUCCCAUGUGCCAGCUUAUACCUUUACGAAAUUCCCUAAGCUUCCCGUCGAGCUGCAAACAAGUAUAUGGUCUUUCGCCGCACGUGUCGAUUCUCCCCAAACUCAUCGGUUGUCUCUCAUAGAUUCUGAAGGCAGUGUAUAUGCAGAUGACGACGUACGGAAACCAGACGGCAUUGAAGUCUUGUGGGCCUGUCGAAAGUCAAGAGAAGUAGCUCAGAAGAUUUUCACGUACCUAGAACUACAGAAUAGUUGUGACGAAGGCCAACUCCAACUGGUCAAUACUCUCUAUGACAAAUUCUCUAUCUGUGGCCACCGCUGGUCUGAUUUCAAAGUCUUGAUCGAUCAGGUGCUGCAUUUCAACAAUCCUGGGAAGAUGAUCAAUAACUUUCAAAGAGACAUACAGGGCAUUCAGAAGAUCCGUUUUCUCGCAGUGGACUUCAACAUAUUUAGCGCUAUCCCAGUGCUUGUUUGGGAACAGUUUUCCAGUCUUGAGCUUCUUACUAUCGUCACGUACCCAUACUGCGACAUUCGAGAGUUAGAUUACACAGAAGAUUCAGACCAUAAGCUGGAGUUGAUCAAGCCGCAAAAGUGGUCCAUGUAUGGGAGACGAGCUGAUUGGAUUCUGGAACGAGCAAGGAAAGCCUUCCAAGCAGCCAAGCAAAAAGGCGGCUUCCCCAAAAAAAUACCAAAACUCGAAGUCCGUGUACGAAAGAUUGACGACGAGGACUUCGACUAUCUUGUACAGGAAGAGUGGACUGAUGAUAUAGAGGACUACAUGCAAUUGCAUGGUAUUAACGAGUAUGACCACGACCAGGAUGACGAGCAAGGCCUGGACAGUGUUUGGUUUCAGCAAGCAAAGAUGAGGAUGCACCAUGUUGUCGCACGACCAGAAAUCGAGGCGUUGGAGCAACUUCAUUACCCGGCAAAGGAUGAGUAG